ACCAAUUGGGAACUAAUAGAUACCCAGUCCGUAUUCAAAACACACUUGAAACCAUUAGAGACCAUCAAGACGCUGGCCUGCCUGUGGGCCACGUUGUGGGUGUGGACCUGGUCUCCGUCCGACCCCUACCGCCGGCUGUGCAUAUACAGGGCGACUUCACCGUCCUGGAGACCCAGCAGCGACUGGCGGCGCUGCUACCAGCACCUCCCAGACUCGUGCUCAGUGAUAUGGCGCCGGCCGCGUCCGGGGUGCGGGCUCUCGACCAGCAGAAGAUCCUAUCUCUGGCGUACGAUGUGGCCCGGUUUGCCCUCCGCCACCUGGCGGCCGACGGGGCGAUGGUGGUGAAACUGUGGGCGGGAGGAGGGGAGCCGGAGCUGCGACAGCGGCUGACGCCCUUCUUUGAGAGGGUGGUGACGCUGAAACCGGCGGCCAGUCGCAGCGACUCGGCGGAACUGUAUGUGGCGGCCACGGGGUUCAGGGGCGCCUCGCGCGCCGACCCGUCGCCAACUCCGCCGCCGUCUGCUGUCGGUUACUAGGUAAGGACGGUGGCCGCUGUGCCGCUCUUUUUAUUGUUUUGCAGGGUAUUGUGAUACUAGUAUGAAUUGUUUUGUUAAAUAUAGAUGUGAAUGGCACACA